AACUUGUAAACAAACAGUGACGUCGAUGUCAUGCGCCACCAAGCUUUGAUUCGGUAACGGAGGAAAAAGCCGCGUUUCUUCCGGUGAGAUUGAUGAAACCAUCAGCUCGUUUUAAAGUAUGCCUCUGCUUCUUUUAUCAUCUUCCGUAAAUCUUUGUAAAAAGUGACAUUGUACUCCUCCAGUCCUGUUGGUUGUCAUCAUCAGACAAAGGAAGGAUAUCAACAUAAUGACCGCCUGACAGACUGCAGCUCUGCUAGCUAGACAAUUAGCUGUUUGUUGGUCAUCUGGCAGCUCUGGGGAUAGAAAACAUGACAACUUUAACAAGGCAAGACCUCAAUUUUGGACAAGUGGUUGCUGACAUCCUGUGUGAGUUCCUGGAGGUCGCUAUUCAUCUCAUCCUGUAUGUUCGUGAAGUUUAUCCCUCUGGAAUAUUUCAGAAGAGAAAGAAAUACAAUGUUCCUGUGCAGAUGUCAUGUCACCCAGAGCUGAAUCAAUAUAUCCAAGACACACUUCAUUGUGUAAAGCCGCUCAUUGAGAAGAAUGAUGCGGAGAAGGUUGUGGUGGUCAUCAUGGACAAAGAGCAUCAUCCAGUAGAGAGAUUUGUCUUUGAGAUUUCCCAACCUCCACUACUGUCCAUCAGCUCAGACACAUUACUGUCACAUGUGGAGCAGCUGCUGAGGGCAUUCAUCCUGAAGAUCAGCGUGUGUGAUGCCGUUUUAAAUAAUAACCCACCAGGGUGUUCAUUUACAGUACUGGUACAUACCAGAGAUGCUGCUACACGCAACAUGGAGAAGGUUCAAGUCAUCAAGGAUUUUCCGUGGAUAGUUGCUGAUGAGCAGGAGGUCCACAUGCAGGAGCCUCGACUCAUCCCUCUGAAGACCAUGACGUCUGACAUAGUAAAAAUGCAGCUCUACGUGGAAGAGAGAGCCCAGAAAACGUAGGCCUGUGACGAUGUUGUGAAUCAUGUAUAUAAAAGCCUAUCGGAGCUACCUGGAACAG